AUAAUUGAAGAAUUGACGCCAUUGCUUUUUAUGAUUUCACCUUUUCCACUCCACAACUUGAUCAGGAUUUUAGUUCCUUUCCGAAUUUCUUCCCUUUUCUCCAAGGAAGCAUCUUUUUCUUCGUUGUUGUUGUUACUAUUAAUCUUGUUCCAAACUUCCUCCUCUGCUUUCACUUCCAAAAGUUCAAAUCUUUGUGAAACAAAAAACCAGAAACCCAGCAUCAUGAGAAUCCACCCUUUGCCGAAGAGGAGGAACAUCACCAACCAAUAUGUGAUGAACCCGAGGACCGCAAGGUCCCAAGCUGAGUCCUUGUUGAACGGCAGUGGUGUGUCCAACAAGAAGCUCCGUAGGCUGCCCCACGUCUUCAGCCGCGUCCUCGAGCUGCCUUUUAGGUCCGAUGCCGACGUGGCGGUGGAGGAGAGUCCCGAAUGCUUCAAGUUCGUCGCGGAAACCGAUGGGAGGAUCGACGCUGUCGUCAGGGCUCAUACAGUGGAAAUCCAUCCCGGGGUUACUAAGAUUGUGAUAAGGUCCAACAGCUUGGUGGAUUUCGGUUUGCUGGAUGAUUUGGAGCUCGACAUGUGGCGGUUCAGGUUGCCGGAGACCACCCGUCCGGAGCUCGCUAGUGCGGUUUACGAGGACGGAGAGCUGAUUGUGACGGUGCCGAAGGGAGGAGAAGUGGAGGAUUUGGAGGGAGGAGGAAUGGUAAAUGGUAAUAGCAAUAAUAAUAGGCUUGUUCUUGUACAGUAAGUAAUAACAAUGGAAUCAUUUGCCUCGUUUUUUUCUUUAAUUGCAUGCUGCUUUCAUUUUAGUUUUUCAAGGUCACUGGUUGGAGCUUAAAUUUUUUUGUAUGUCUACCUUUUAUUAUUUCUCAAUCAAAUCAAGAAUUGUUCUUUGAA